CAAAUUGUUGAAUAUAUUACAUUUCUAUUUUUACAUUGUACAGAGUAGGAGCAAGAUUAAUAGAAGCUUGGAAAUGGAGACGUGGCAUGAUUUAGCUAAUUUAUACACAAGCUUGUCACAAUGGCGUGAUGCUGAGGUCUGUCUUUCAAAAUCCCAGGCUAUCAAUCCUCAUUCUGCUUCUAGAUGGCAUUCUACAGGUUUAUUCUAUGAAGCUAAGGGUCUCCACCAAGAAGCCUUAGAAUCAUUCAGGAAGGCAUUAGAUGUUGAACCCACUCAUGUCCCAAGCUUGAUAUCCACUGCCUGUAUUCUCAGACAGUUUGGCGGGCAAUCAUUGCCAGUAGUCAGAAGCUUUCUCAUGGAUGCACUACGACUUGACAGAGGAAACCCGUCUGCUUGGUACAAUCUCGGGCUGCUCUACAAAGCCGAUGCGGGGGCAUCAGCACUGGAAACUGCUGAGUGCUUUGAGGCAGCAGCUUUCCUUGAAGAACAUGCACCAAUUGAACCCUUCCGAUGACCACCUAUACUUCUAAACCUUCUAAACUAUGUAUGAUUCUACUGCACCUUCUAAACUAUGUAUGAUUCUUCUGCACCUUCUAAACCAUGUAUAAUUCUUCUGCACCUUCUAAACUAUGUAUGAUAGUCAAUCAACGAGCGGUUUGUCAAUUAUACAAAAAGGUGAAAACAUAGAAUAUGAAAAAUUGUACCCUUAUCUGUGUUGAAUUUGCUUCACCCGAAAUUAUAUUGAGUUCUAAUCUAUUGCUCUACCUUGCGACCUCC